UUACACAGAAGAAAAAAAGAAGAAAAAACAAUCAACAUCCUUUAUCAUUACCUGAAUGACUUUCAUAGAUCUAAAGAUUUUUUAUACAAAAAAAUUAUGUUGGGAGCGGUUUUGGUCCUCGCAGGGGGUGUGCUCGGAGAAGGUGGACGCGCAGGGGAGGUGGUAGGCGGCGAAGUCGAGAUUGGUGGAUAAUUGGGUUGUGGCGGUGGCAGUGACGGUGGUGGUGUUGGUUUUGGGGUGGAAGCAUAGGGAUGAGGCGCCUUAGGUUGCGGAGGGUGAAGAGAUCUGAGUAUAAACUCCGACAUCGUCGACGGCAAAUCCGGCACCGCCAAGAAAGAGAAAAAAAUAGGAGGAGAAAAUAGAAAAUAAGAAAUAAAAUAAAAUUAUAACAUUAUUAUUUUGUGCUUUAUGAUCAGCUUAAAUCCAAAUCAUCUGCGCCCUUCAUUUAAAUAUGAAUAAAUCUAAACGGCAAUCGUUUCUCGAAACUCAUGUUCGCACCGUGAAUACCUAUUUUAUGGGUCGUACUCGAAAAGUCGUCUUGUUUACCUUACCCUUACCUCUGUCGGCAAUAUAAAGGAUAAAAAAUGAUGUAAUCCGACUGUCCAAAGUCAUCAUCUUUUCUGUUCCCCUUCCCGUUACUACUAGUCACUUUCCAACUUUGUUCCACUGAAAAACACACUUACAAAUAUAGUGCUAACUUUCUCUCUCUCACUCACUCACCUUGCUGCUUUGAUUUGGAUCUUGAAGUGUACACUGCCAUAGGUUUGAGAGGGUACUGCCAUCCAAUUAAUGGGUUCUAAAACUAAUGCAUCGGGCUAUAGAGCACGAAGGCCACUGUCAAUAUUUGCUGUGCUUGGUCUGUGCUGUUUCUUUUAUCUUUUGGGAGCAUGGCAAAGAAGUGGAUCUGGGAAGGCAGAUAAACUUGCAUUGAAAGUUAAUAACCUGAUGACAGGCUGCACUGUUUUACCCAAUUUGAGUUUUGAAUCCCAUCACAGUGAUGUAGAAAUUGUCAGACCUGAUGUGCUAAAAGCUAAAGCAUUCAAGCCGUGUGACAUGAAAUAUACUGAUUAUACACCUUGCCAAGAGCAAGACCAAGCAAUGAAAUUCCCAAGAGAGAAUAUGAUCUAUAGGGAAAGACAUUGUCCCGCUGAAAAGGAAAAAUUGCACUGCCUCAUUCCAGCCCCUGAAGGGUACACGACUCCUUUUCCAUGGCCUAAAAGCCGUGAUUAUGCCUACUAUGCUAAUGUUCCUUACAAGAGCUUGACAGUGGAGAAGGCUGUUCAAAACUGGGUGCAAUUCCAGGGAAAUGUGUUCAAAUUUCCAGGUGGAGGGACCAUGUUCCCUCAAGGAGCAGAUGCAUAUAUUGAUGAACUUGCAUCAGUUAUUCCAAUUGCAGAUGGUUCUGUCAGAACAGCACUGGACACUGGUUGUGGGGUUGCAAGCUGGGGAGCCUACUUGCUAAAGAGAAAUGUCCUGGCUAUGUCCUUUGCUCCGAAGGACAACCAUGAAGCACAAGUUCAGUUUGCUCUAGAACGAGGGGUACCUGCUGUUAUUGGUGUUCUUGGCACCAUCCGCCUUCCAUACCCAUCAAGAGCAUUCGAUAUGGCCCAGUGUUCUCGAUGUCUGAUACCAUGGACUUCAAAUGAGGGAAUGUAUCUAAUGGAAGUUGACCGAGUCUUAAGGCCUGGUGGAUACUGGAUUUUGUCUGGGCCCCCAAUUAAUUGGAAAACAUACUACCAAACAUGGAAGCGGUCCAAGGAAGAUCUGAAGGCAGAACAGACAAAACUUGAGGAGUUAGCUGAAAGUCUUUGUUGGGAAAAGAAGUACGAAAAGGGUGAUAUUGCUAUUUGGAGAAAGAAAAUAAAUGAUAAAUCCUGCAAAAGAAAGUCUCCCAAUUCAUGUGAUUUAGAUAAUGCUGAUGAUGUAUGGUACCAAAAAAUGGAGGUCUGCAAAACCCCUUUACCUGAGGUAACCAGCAAAACUGAAGUUGCUGGAGGGGAGUUACAGAAGUUUCCAGCUAGGCUUUUUGCAGUCCCUCCUCGAAUAGCCCAGGGCAUUAUUCCAGGGGUUACGGCUGAAUCUUAUCAAGAGGACAACAAAUUAUGGAAAAAGCAUGUUAACGCUUACAAAAGAAUGAAUAAAUUGAUUGGCACUACCAGAUAUCGGAAUGUGAUGGACAUGAAUGCAGGCCUUGGAGGAUUUGCAGCUGUGCUUGAAUCACAAAAGUCUUGGGUGAUGAAUGUUGUGCCUACAAUUGCUGAGAACACUUUGGGUGUUGUCUAUGAGAGAGGUCUGAUCGGCAUUUAUCAUGACUGGUGCGAAGGCUUUUCAACAUAUCCAAGGACAUAUGAUCUUAUUCAUGCUAAUGGUUUAUUCAGCUUGUACCAGGACAAGUGCAACCUAGAAGACAUCCUUCUAGAGAUGGAUCGCAUCCUAAGGCCUGAAGGAGCAAUCAUCAUCCGGGACGAAGUUGAUGUUCUUAACAAGGUUAAGAAAAUUGUCAGGGGCAUGAGAUGGGAAGCCAAACUGGUGGAUCAUGAGGAUGGCCCUCUUGUGCCUGAGAAGAUAUUGGUUGCUGUCAAAGUGUAUUGGGUUGGCACCAGCAAAAACAAAACAUCCACUGAGGAAUAAAACCACUGUUAUUCAGGUGUAACAUCUUAUACUUCAGCCCGCAGUAACAUCGAAGGUUUCUAAAUCCAACCCAAAGAAGGAAUGGUGGGAAAAAAAUUAUGAAUAAUGAGAAGAGAAAAAAGAUUGUAGAGCAAAGUAAAAGCAAAGAUUGGUAUGGUAAAUUCGAGUUUAUUCUACGUCUGCCUUACACCAAGUGUAGAAUUAUAGAUAAAAUAGGUUCCGAGUAGUCUUAAAUUAAUUUUGGAGGAUAUGGAUCAGCAAGUUUAGCUCCCUUAAUAAUUUAAGCCCUAGAUGUUGUGUUGAUGCCCAGAAAUGAAUAUUUGAAGUUAGAAAAUUGAAAUAUUGCAAUUUUAUUUAUUCU